CAACCGAGUAAUUUCCGAACGAAACGGACAGCCGCUCGCGACAUGGCUGCUGCUUUUGACGAGUAUUAUGAGGGUAGCCGUAUUUUCACCUGGGUUUCUGAUUUAUCUGGUCUUCCUCUGGACCAAGUAAACUUUGUUAUAAGUCAAGUGCUGGCUUUGGCAUGUGCACCUGUCUUCAGGAAUACUUUGCACCCCUCCACCACCAGCCCAGCCACUCGUCAUGCUUUUGGUCUGGUCCUGGGACUUGCAUUUGGAUACUUCUGCUUCGGAAUGCAAGCAGUUCAUUUGGGUGGUCUACCAGCUCUCUGCUAUGUUGUCAUGAGAACCCAGGAUCCCCAUAUCAUGCAGAGAAUGGUACUGGCAGUGGCUCUGGUAUAUCUAUCGUGUAUCCAUCUGCAUCGUCAGAUGUAUAACUAUGGUUCCUACACUCUAGAUAUCACAGGGCCAUUGAUGGUCAUCACACAGAAAGUGACGAGUCUAGCAUUCAGUCUACAUGAUGGACUAACUCGGCGUGAGGAUGAGCUCACUUCAAGUCAGAAGUAUCAUAUUGUAAGAAAGAUGCCCUCAGCACUGGAAUUCUUCAGUUACAUGUUCCAUUUCCAAGCUCUUAUGUGUGGACCUGUACUGUUCUAUAGAGACUACGUAGACUUUAUUCAUGGACACAGGCUGCUGAAGAAUGCACCACCAUCCUCAGGUCACGUGGAUAAUAAUUCCAACAGCCGAAAAGUGAUUUUAGAACCAUCGCCGUAUCUUGUGGUGUUCAAGAAAGUUGUGUGUUCAAUACUGUGUGCAGUACUCUUCCUCAGUCUUAUUCCAUCAUUUCCAAUACAGAGAGUGAAAGAACCAGAGUUCCUGGAAGAAUUUUCAUUACCUAGCAAGAUGAUGUAUCUUGUGGUAGCAACUACAGUAGGUCGUUUUAAGUACUAUCAUGCCUGGCUGCUGGCAGAUGCAAUAUGCAAUGCAUCAGGUCUAGGGUUCAAUGGUUAUGAUGCCAAAGGAAGGGCCCGCUGGGACCUCAUUUCCAAUGUUGAUAUACUCAGAUUUGAAUUUGGGCUGAGUCUACGUGAUAGCAUCGAGCAGUGGAAUAAGGGUACAACGCGCUGGCUGCGGAUGGUAGUGUAUGAACGUACUCCUCACUUUCAGACUGUGCUAACAUAUGCACUUUCUGCACUGUGGCAUGGUUUCUAUCCUGGAUACUACCUCACUUUCAUGAGUGGUGCAUUAUUUACUUUUGCUUCAAGAUCAGUACGUCGCAGUAUAAGACACUACUUUGUGCAUUCAGGACCAUUGAAGGCCAUGUAUGAUAUAGUCACCAUGAUAACGACCCGUAUAGUUAUGGGGUACAUCACAUUCAGCUUCUUACUGCUUGAAUUCUGGCCCAGCAUCCAAGUGUAUCUGCAGCUGUACAUGUUCCUGCAUGUGUUGGGUGUCCUGGCACUCCUUGUGCUGCCAGUGUUGUUACCGCCAGCUAGACCUGCCAGCCAAGCUGAGAAAUCCAGUGCAGUAAGCAGCAAUGGUGUGGUAUCAGCACAACAUUGAACACCGGGCAGUAAAUAUUUGCCACACCAUGGAGCUAAACCCAGGACAGUUGCAGAACUUUUCCAAACUGUAUAAUCUCUAUUUUACUGGAAUCACUAGCUCUCAGUUACACUUGUAGUUAUUAUAAAUUAAAAUCAGACUCAAUCAAGAUUGUUGAGUUUUUGGACUUUGUUUAUUAUCAGGUAUUCUAAAGAGCAACAUUUUGGAAACUGGAUCUGUUUCUACCCUCAGGUGUUAUGUUCUUUGGAAUGCAGCAUGAUGGACAAAGUCCAAAAACUCAGUGAUCCUGAGUGUUACACAUCAUCAGAAACCACUGAACCUUAGAACUGCAGUAUCAUGAAUUUGUGUGUCUUGAAGCUGUAAAGCUCAAUUGCUGCAGAUAUGAUUAUGAUUUUUUUGUGAGUUACUUUACAACACUGUUGGUAAUAUAAUUAAGCUUCUUAUAUUUUUAAUUAUAAUUUUCCUUUGAUGGCAUUCAGAACUUUUGUAAGUUUGGAGUAAAGAGGCCUUUUUCCCCCUUCCCCAAUUAUAAGUGUACACACACAUACAUACAUGUGAAACAGGUCACUGCCCCUUGAAAGAUCACAUCCUGUUUGGGUAAUGAGUGCAGGGCUGAUGGUGAGAUAAAGAUAGCAGGAUAAACAUUUAUUGAUUGUGGUUCAAGGACAGUAUGGAUGUCCACCCCUUUCUGUUCCAUUCUACAUACACAUGUACAUAGAUUCAGAUUGCCAGGUAAUUUGAUAUGCUUAAUUUUGUUUGUGGCUCUGAUAGUGUAUCAUCUUUUAUGGCCACUUUAAGCAUGCUGGUAAAAAGUUUUUAUAUAAUCUGGCCAGUUAUGAAUGUUCGUAAUCAUAAGCAUUAGAGAUUUGAUGUUAUGCCACAUUCUGUUCUUUAUAAUGAAGUUUCAGCAUUGUGAUUCUGGAAGUAUUAUACAAGAUUUAUUUUUUAUAAACUUAUUUCAAGUAGUGGUCUUUCCUAAGUGUUAGCAAGAAAAGAAAGUACUGAAUUAUGCUUUCAUUUUAUUAGCCAUAUAAUAAUGAAUCAAGUCACUGUAAUGAGCUGUCAUGAACAGACAUCCCUACUCUUGUCCGUUAGUGUGUAGUCAAUAGCCUGAUUCACAAAUCUGCUGUACAGAAAUGGAAGGCAAAAACAUGUGGUUUGGAAGAAUACAAUGAUGCAGUAAAUAAUUGUGCAUUAACGUUUUAGUUUGCAUGGAAAGAUUGUGCGCACACAGCCAUUCAUAUUUGUUUCUGUGCAUGAGGGCAACACACACAAAUAUAUCUGUCAUGUGUCUGAGUAAUGCAUUUGUUUAGUAAUUGUAUGAACUGUUACUCAGAUUCUAUUCUUCCAUUCUUCAAAUUCAGAAUUGGAGAACAGAAUACAAGAUUUUAGUUAUCAUGUCUGUUCAGAAUGUUGGUAUGCAACAGUAAACUCAACUGUAAUGUGGCAUUUUUGACAAAGAAUUAAACAGUGAUUCAGUGCAUUUUGAUAUGUUGUCAGUCUGUUGCAUUGAAAUUAGGUAUUAUUUUUUCUCAUGAAGUUUUAAUGAGAGACUAUAUAUGUGUAAUGAAAAUGCAGAAUGUUACAUCCAGGUAUUAGCAAUAAAGUUCUCUGGUAGUAAUGAUAAUUCUUAAUAAUGAAGCUUAUGGUAUUGUUUCGAGAGGUUACUGGCCAGAAGAUUUUUAUUUUGUAGUAUAUAGAAAUUUUUGAAAAGGAAAAUGUGUAAUGGUGUUUUGUCCAGAUUUCCUCUUAUUUGUUGCAGACAAUUCUCUGGAGGGGAUGAGACUGAGGGUUGGGAAAAUCCAAAACACAGAUGAAAGCCGGGGGUUUUAUUUAGUUCAGUUGGUGACAGUGCAUAGACAAACAUGAUGAUGAUGAUCCAACAGAAGGCUGAUGCUUGAUUUUAUACCUAAAACAGAAUAGUGUCAUGUGUAAGUAGUUUGAUUUCAAGGAACUGUUCUGUACAAGAAGAACUUCCAACAUUGCAGAACAUUCUGUGGUACUACAGAGAGUUUGAGGAAACCUGGCAAUAUAUAGUUGAUCCAUGGUCAGUGACGUGCAGGAAGCAGUGAAAAAUAACUUCCAGCAAAAUCAUUGCAAUGAGUAGUAUUACAUGAGGUGAAGGUAUUAUGCAGCAGAUAUCAGCACACAAUGUAGAAAGCACUGAAAAUGUUUCUGUAUUGUUUGCAGGGCUUAGAUGUGUAUGACACUCUUAUGCCUUCUGUUAGAUCAUCACCACCAUUUCUGUUUAUGCACUAAAGAGAAAUUUGUUUUUGUUCAUUUUUGUGUGUGUGUGUGUGUACCCCGUCUUUCCAUUGAGUUGUCCACAGCAAAUCUUCCUUUUUGGAUAAAUAAUUUGAGAUAUUCAGUAAAAAACAGAAAGUCCCAUAUGUCACACACUUCGCAUGUUCAGCAUUAGUCUUGUGCAGUUCCUGCAGUUAGUUGAUGUAGCAGCAUAAUAAUAAUUUGUUGGUACUCCUUACAUUCUGUAUUAAAAUUAAAAUAGCUGGCCCUCAGGAUUUUUCUAUAAUAUCCUAAGGAGAGAACAGGUGAACAUGACAGGAGAAAUAGUUUAUUGAACUGGUGAUAGUGAACUCGUAUGGUAAUUAAUUUACUGUUUAAAGAGAGAAUGUAUUUACCAGUUGAUACUAGAGAAGCUCAACUCAGUCUGUCAUUUAAUCUUUGGAGUAUGUCUGGGACAGUUCUUGUCCUGUCACAACUAUCAAGAGUGUGGUAGAAAAAGCUCCUGGUUUGUCAAAAGGGCUAAUUUCGGCUCCAUAAAAAUUGGCACCACGCCCAGUAUGGGGGCCUUCAGGUGUGUAUGAUGAUAGUAAUAUUUGAAUAAACUGUGAGAAAAAGAGGAGUAAGGAUUUCCAUAUGAUAACCUUUAAUCCAUAUGUGUCAUUUCAUCAUGUCAGUCUUCUGACAGUGUCCAUUGUAAAUAUCUUCAUCAAGUACACAGUUUAGAUCUUGUCCCAUCAGGUCCUAAGUCUGGUCCAACCAUCUAUUUGUUAGUCUUCCAGACUCUUUCUCUCCUCGUGAGUGGUAUUAACAAGCCUGUUUGGGUAUUUGAUAGCCUUCCAUUUAUAUGUUAUUUCGGUUAUUUAUUAAGAUGUUAUAUUUUUGUGCUGAGGCUGAAAACAUUUUUAUAUAGGCUUGCAUUCAUAUCCAUUUACUACAUUGAGAAAUUUCAUUUCCACUGUAUGUAGUCCUGUCUCAUAAUUUUCUGCUCACAACCCAUAUGUCACUUUCACAUAUGAAUGUUCAUAUUGCCAUUACUUCACAUAAAGUGAUAUCUUUUGUGGUUCCUAUCUUAUUUUCAUGUACACGGCUUUCUUAAGUGUCCCACACAUAUAAUUAAACUGUGGAAUCUUCCUCUGUCCACCUUGGUAACUGACAGCAUGGGAGUGUGAAAGACUGUACUUGUUCUCUUUGCAGUCCUGUCCUUAUCUGAAGCAAAAUAUGUUCAGGUAUUUCAAGUCAAAAGCUAAAAUUAUUAGCAUUUGCUAACUACUUUCUUUGCAGCCAAUCAUUUCAUAAUUACAGCUCUUGAUUUAGCAGGGGAUUGAUCAUUUAUAUGUAAAUUACUGAGAGAACUGAUUGAAAUUGGCCAGUUUAUGUUAAGUAGGUCUACCAAAAAUGUAGCACAGAUUAUUUACUCUUCCUUCAUGCCCCCUCCCCAAAUAUUUUAGCAUUUACAUUUUUAUUUCUAAUGUAGAUACUUGUAGGGGCAUGCAAGUAAUACUAUUUUGAAGUAUCAUCAAGGAUUAGGUGGCAGCAGCCUUUUGUGCACCCAUUAGAAUUAUUCAUUUUUCUGUAUAUGGUUUUAAAAUGUGAAGAUCAUUUUUUCCUGUUCAUAUGUGUACUUUGCUUGAAAGAAAUUAUAUUCAGCUUGUUUAAUUUAAAACAUUGUAAUGGCCAUUGAUGAAUAUCCUUCUCAUUAAUAAACAAGUCAGAAGUAGACCAUAAGAUGUUAUGUUCAUACUCUGACCACUGAUUGCGAAACGUUUUUACUGCUUUUCAACAAAAUGUAACAUUUGGGCAGUUAGCAUUCCUGAUUUAUUUUUAUAGGUCCUGGAUUCAAAACUCUACCCAGUAUCCAACUCAUUUGAUGAAGUUUUUUUUUUUUUUUUGUGGCUUUUCUCAGUCCCUUCAAGUGAAUGCCAGGAUAUUACCUUAAAAUGGCCAUGACUGGCUCUUUCCACAUAUUUUUGUUUUUUGUAUUUAUCAUUAGCAUUAUCACAUAAACCAAAAGUUAAUCAGUUUAUUUACUGGUAUAUGGAAAACAUUAGUAUUUGUGUAUUUUGAUAUGUUCUAAUAUCCCCUGUUUUUUUUAGGAAAACUUUUGAGUUAGAUAAAUCAGGACUGAGCCACAGUGUACAUUUCUGUUAUAAUAAACUUAGUUUUGUCUCAUAAAAAAUUAGAAUAUUCGAUUCUUUUAAAAAUUUCCCAUAGUGAACUAAAGGUGGCCCAGAUUUCUUUCCCCCCCCCAUAUGAAAGCAUGUGUGUGUAUGUCCCCAGGUGUGUGCUCAUAUAGUAAUGGGAAGGUUUCUAAGAAAUUGACUGCAGUCAGAUAUUUUAAAAUAGCUUCUCAGAACAGUUUAAUAUAUAUUGUCAGUAUAAAACCAUGUCAAAAUUAUUUUCUUGCUUGCUCAUUUGUAAUAAUUAAUUUUUUAAACAUAUAUUCAUUUGUAUAUGAACUAAUACAUUGUUUAUUUUAUUCUAUACUGUGUUACACAUACACAUGAGAGCUGAUAAAAUUGCUUGCACAAGUAGCCCUGUACUACUGAUUUGUAAUUUUAAGGUAAACAACGUGUAGCAGGCAUGAAGUGUAUGGUGCAGACUGACCUUAGUUGCUGCUGAAGGGUGAUAAGUAUGUAUCCAAGAGGAUUGGUUUUAUGGGAUGUAGUGUUAUUACUUUUAAAUAAAUAUCCAGUAAAAUGAGAGUUUUAUAAAAUUGUUUGUUUUCUAUGUGAGAGACAUGGAAACAGAUUGAAACAUCUGGUGCAUCUUGUAUGGCUACAUAUUAUGUACCACAUUUCUGAAAGAGGCAUCUGUGCUUGAAGCAGAUUACUACAUUGAUUAUUUGUAUUGUCAUGGGAAAUUCACUAGUGCUGUCAGACUGGAUGUUUUAUAUCAGAAUCUACAAUAUGGAGGAUAACAUUCAUGAUAAAUACCAUGGAAUCCCAUGUGUAAUGGAACCUGUAAUUCUUAAGCACAGAAUCAUCCAAAAGUGUGUGAUUUUGUUGUCUCUGCUCUUGAUUGAAACCCAGCAUCUCACUGAUCUACCCUUUUAUUUGUGCAUAAUAAUUUCUUUUGGUUCUGAAGACGUUGAAAUAUUGCUGGCAUCCAGUUCACUUGAAUAAAAUUUGGUUGCCUGUUUGAAAGUGGAUAUGAAUAUUGUUAUAAACAUAUGAAUGAAUGUAUGAGGGGCCUUCUCGGCCCUUGCACCAUGACCUACAGUGGUCUGUUGUGCUUUACAAGCAUAUGAAAUCAUAUCAGUGAAUCUGUCCUGUUUGUCUUCAACUUGUGCUGCUAAUUGUUUUUUCAAUAUAUGUUACUGGUAAAGAGAUUUUUCUUUGAAUGCUUUCAAAUUGCAUUUCAAUUUUUAUUACUUGAUUUUUUACAUAUGUUCAGACAGUAAGAAGAGUAAAAACUUAACAGUGUGUAUUUUCAGGGUACCUGCUGCGAUAAGAACUGUUAUUUCAGUUUGUGAUAAAAUAAGGUUCUGUUUUAAAAGUAUUACAGAUUGUUGUUAUAAUAUACAUAUAUAUAAAAGAUGUUUUCAUUGAAUGGCAAUAUUAGAUGAAACACACUGCAUCUCAUGUGCUAUCCACACCCAGAAAAUUAAUGCCAAAUGUGGAAAAUAAAUGCCAUUACAGUUCAUAAACAUUUUGUCAAUAAUUUUAUGUAGAUUUACAUGUUCUCAGAUAAAUUCGCAUUCACUUAUUUGAAAUAAAUGAGAUGAAAUGUU